GGGAGCGGGUACCUGUCAAAUUCAGAUACCCGCUCCCCAAAGGAACCAAUCCCCUUUUGGGCGAGCGGAAGCAGAAGUUGUCCUCCCCGUAGUCUUCUGGGACACGUAGUGACAGGUCCCAGAAGACUACGGGGCCAUGCACAAAGCGCAGCACUUCUCGUGCAUGCGUAGUGGACACCCGGCUGUGAAACCGCAAACUGUCACAGCCGGGUGCCCACACUGAAGAUUCCGGCGCCAGGGAGACAAGACGGCCAGUGAAACCAGCCAUGGUGAGGACACCGCUG